AUGUCCGGUUGGCUUAUCCACACAUGCGCGGGUGCUACACAUAUGGCUGGGCGAAUGUGUACCUAUGAGCACAUUAUGUGGCAUAUGGGUGCUGCUGCUUGCACACCCCGCGUGUUUGUCCAUGCAGAUGAAGCACUUGGAGCCAAAUCGUUUCCACCUCCAUAUUUAGCCCCCAAAACAGACGACAAAGUGAUCUUUAGAGGACUUAACUAUGCUUCUGGUGCAGCAGGAAUUUUGGAGCAAACAGGAGAAUUAUUUAUAGGUAGAGUCCCCUUGAGGGAGCAAGUAAACUAUUUUGAAGAGAGUAAGGCAUAUAUGGUGAAAGUAAUGGGUGAAAAUGGUACAAGGGAGUUAUUAAAGAAUGCAAUCUUCUCUAUCACAAUAGGCUCAAACGACAUAUUGAACUAUAUGCAACCUUCAAUACCAUUUCUUGAGCACCCCAAGGUUUCUCCAUUUGUCUUCCAACAUUUUAUGCUCUCUAACCUCACCAUACAGCUAAAGCGAUUGCAUGAGUUAGGAGCAAGAAAGUUGAUUGUUGUUGGGAUUGGACCACUUGGCUGCAUACCGUUUGUUGGAGCAUUAUAUUUAGUACCAAGUGGAAAAUGCUCAAUGGAGGUGAACCAACUAGUCCAAGGCUACAACACCCACCUUAAUCAAAUUCUCAAUCAAUUAAACCAUGAUAUGGGACCUCAGACCACCUUUGUAUAUGCAAACUCCUAUGAUGUUUUUAUGAAGAUCAUUCUUAGCUAUCAGCAGUACGGAUUUGAGAGUGCAAAUGCACCAUGCUGCGGUGGUUACUUUCCUCCGUUUUUAUGCUUUAAGGGUGAUAAUGAGUUAGAUUUAUGUGAUGAUCGAUCAAAGUAUGUGUUUUGGGAUGCAUAUCAUCCAACAGAGGCUGCUAAUUUCAUCAUUGCAAAACAACUACUAGACGGGAAAGAUAAUGUCACUACUCCUAUCAGCAUCCGUCAACUUUAUAAUAAAUUUUUAUAA